ACCCACGAUCCUCGCGGGAGGUGAGCAUUGCGAUGUUCAUGUGUUUGUUUUGUAUCGGAAGGCGCGAGUACUAAGUGGGAUAAGCUUGUCACCAAGCAUUAUCAAACGCAAUGUCCGACCGCAAAGGCAGCGCAAAUUCCCUCCUAACCUACCGCAGCCAAUCCAGCUCGGAGGGCAGCCCCCGCGGUGGCGACGACAACAUCCCCCGCGAACAAGGGAUACCAAAACAGGAGGUCCGCCGAGAAGAUGAACAACAAGAAGACGGACAACCAGGACCAUCAUCACGACCCAGUCCUCCCAGUCCGAAACCAGCGCAGCGAACACCAAGUCCCCAACACCCGACAAGAUCACCGCGUGGUCAACGCGUACGGUUUAAAUCUAGUGCGGGGUUUCAACAGAAUCCGCCGAGGAGUCCGUCUACUGAGGAUGAAAAAACCGAGGCUGAGAAGACGCAGAGGAAUCAGCAGCCUCAUCGGCCGUCGACGCCGUUUGAGCAUGGGUCGACGGAUGUUGCUGAUAUCCCGCUGAGCCAGCGGACAACAGAGGCAGAAGCAGAAGAACCACGACAAAAAGAAAGCAUGGGCAAGAAAGCAGAACAUGAAAUCAAAGACGAGGCCGAGGAAGCAGAGCAGGGUUUCAAGGAUCGGUUUAAGAGCACGAUUGACGCGAUGAAGCGCAAAUCAGUCCAGUUCAUGACUAUGCUGGGACGCGAGGAACAUGGUGGUGAUGAUUUAAACCCGGGCAUUUAUCAUGCAGACUGGGGUGGCGGGGGUGAUGUCCCCGUGUCAGAGGUCACGGAUAACAAGCACAAGACUGAUGAGGAGAAGCGGAAGCAGCAUGCGACUGCUAAUACCGAAGCGCACAAGCUCGUCCGAGAACUCAACCAAGACCAAUCCGCGCAUCGACGCAACGCCCGCGGUAAACCCUAUCCACAUCAAGGUUCGGAUAUCCAAGAUACAGGAUCAGGAAUCGAGUCUGGUCUCCGCUACCGCUCUGGCGGCGGCGGCGUCCUCUCACAGCUCAUGAAGCUCAACAACCCACAAGACCAGGGAGGACCAGCAGGCCGGUCGUCAAGCGAAGCAUCCACCCCGGUAGCCUCCGGCGCAACAACACCCCGCAAAGACAGGCCAAAAUGGUACAAGAAACAACAAAACGCCUCCACAACAACUUUAGGAUCACAGGCACGGAGCGGAGCAAGCACACCAGUAGGCAACGAGUCCCUAUCCGCAGCAUCAAAACGCCAAUCUAAACAACCAGACCACAAAAGACUAGAAGACGAGAUCCGCGUCACAAUCCAUAUCGCCGAGAUCAUCGCCCGCCAGAGAUACAUCAUGCAGCUCUGCAGAGCACUCAUGAAAUUCGGCGCGCCAACACACCGUCUUGAAGAAUACAUGCAAAUGACAGCAAAGGUCCUCGAAGUAGACAGCCAAUACCUCUACCUACCGGGUUGCAUGAUAAUGGCCUUCGACGACCCGUCCACACGGACAACCGAAGUCAAACUCGUCCGUGUAGCACAGGGCAUCGAUCUAGGCCAACUAGCCAACACACACGCAGUCUACAAAAACGUCGUCCACGAUAUCAUCGGCGUCGAAGAAGCGAUCCAAGAACUAGAAGAAAUCAUGAAAAAGAGACCCCGCUUCAACAAAUACAUCAUCGUCUUCAUCUACGGCCUCGCAACAGCUACAGUCGGACCGUUCGCCUUCGAAGCAAGACCAAUAGACAUGCCCAUCAUCUUCAUCAACGGGUGUCUCCUAGCCCUCAUGCAGCAUGUUCUCGCUCCCCGCUCAGUCCUGUACUCCAACGUCUUCGAAGUCACCGGCUCAGUGCUUACCUCGUUUCUCGCGCGAGCCUUCGGGUCCAUACGCCAUAACUCCGAAUUCCUCUUCUGUUUCUCCGCCAUCUCACAAUCUUCCAUCGCCCUUAUCCUACCCGGGUUUCUCGUCCUCUGUAGUUCAUUGGAACUCCAAUCACACCAAAUCGCCGCAGGCUCCAUCCGCAUGGUCUACGCAAUCAUCUACUCCCUCUUCCUGGGCUAUGGUAUAACAGUCGGAACAACAAUCUACGGCCUCAUCGACAACAACGCGACGUCCGAAACCCAGUGUUCGAAAACAGGGGCCUUUAAAGAUCCCUACGUACAGCGCUUCCCAUUCGUCGCGAUCAUGGUCGUCUGGCUGGUUAUCAUCAACCAAGGCCGCUUUAAACAAAUCCCACCGAUGCUAGUCAUCGCGCUAGCAGGCUACAUAACAAACUACUUCUGCACCGAAACCCUCGGUGCAAACAGCCAAGUCGCAAACACAGUCGGCGCAUUCACAAUCGGCGUAUGCGGAAACCUGUACUCACGAAUCUGGCACGGCCACGCAGCGACUGCUAUCCUCCCUGGUAUAUUCGUGUUAGUCCCGAGUGGCCUUGCGGCGACGGGGAGUCUAAUAUCGGGCGUGCAUUCUGCGGAUGAGACCACGUCGAAUGUAGGGCAGAAGGGGGGAGGGAGUGGAGGGGGAGGGGAUACUAGUGUGACAAAUUUGGGGUUUGGGAUGAUUCAGGUUGCGAUUGGGAUUACGAUUGGGUUGUUUUUGGCGGCGUUGAUUGUUUAUCCGUAUGGGAAGAGGAGAAGUGGGUUGUUUAGUUUUUAGUUUGUGGUACAGUGUUUGCAUGUGCAUGUGCAUUGUAGAGUGAUAGAAUAGAUUAGAUUUGGGGAUGAUAUAUGCAAUGAUAUUAGUGUAAUGUUGUGCGCUGCACAUAUCUACUAAACUGUACUAUAUCAGAUCGACGGCACAGCGUCGUAGCUUAUGAACGAAACCCAGUUUGUUCCCGCCAAACCGCAUAUCCAAGCAACUCUAGUAAAUACCGCUCGCGGUAUGCGAAGACCUUUCUUCCAACAGCCUUUAAGAAUCCCCUUGCCCGUUCCAGUAGCAAAUCUGCAAGCUCAGCAUCUGGUUCGUUCGAGGCGCCGUAUCCUUGUACAAAGUGCUUUGGUGAAAGCGUUAUCUGGCCCUGCGGAUCGACUGAGGGUGCGUCUCCAA